UUUCUUUUUUCUUUUUUUCUUUUAUAAACCGUGAUCAGAUAGCCUGCCAGGGCUUUUAUGCUCUAGCAGCGCUGAUGUAUGUCUGCGACGCUGGCGGAUCCAUAUCGAGACUAUGCCAUUGAUUACGCUCAACAUGCCAGCUGCAAGCCCGAGGAACAUACAAGCACGCUUGUUUACCACACGCAUCAGCCACAACUGCAACAUCAGAAGCCGCCAGAGUCUCCUUUCCAGCAAGGAAGUUCGCGCAGCACGGCAUUUGAGCACCAUCAUGCAAACGCGACCGUUCUCCCAACGGCGAAUCACCAACCGACAGUCCAUGGACUCUCCCAACAAGUCGUUCUCACCCCGGCCCAAAUGCUUUCACGGCAGCUGCCAGUACAAUAUACACCGACCAGCUUCGAAAUCCCGUCAUUACAGCGGAGUAAAAAGCGGCACCAUUCCGAAACUGACGCAGAGGGCGAUGACGCAAAUCAUGGGAUCAGGCCACAGUUAUCGAUUCUCCCAUCAGAAUCAUCUGCUGAACCGACGCACCACUCACCCGAGAUGCUCUUCUCGGUUCACGGGGACGCUGGGCAACAUCAUCAGAUGCAAGGCCACGACCUUGGAUCGCAGGAUUCGGUGGCCCUCCCACAGCAUCACCACCACCAUCGUCUCCCCCCACACGCGUCAUUACGCGACCCCCAGCGCCAUGGUAUGAAUAUGGAAUCAUCCCCGUUUCCUUCUGGCCCGCCAAGUGUUGUGGGCCAGCCUGGGAUGCCCGAUCCAGCGCCCAGGCCACGGGGGCCCAAGCUCAAGUUUACGCCGGAAGAGGACGCUUUGCUGGUAGAACUGAAGGAGAACAAAAACCUAACAUGGAAACAAAUCGCCGAUUUUUUCCCGGGUCGAACAAGUGGUACAUUGCAAGUCCGGUACUGCACCAAGUUGAAGGCUAAGGAUGUGGCAUGGAGCGAUGAAAUGGUCCAACGGCUACAGCGUGCGAUGCAGGAGUACGAGAACGAUCGCUGGCGUAUCAUUGCGGGGAAAGUUGGCAAUGGCUUCACACCAGCAGCUUGUCGAGAGAGGGCUUCUCAGCUGGAGAACCCUCCAUGAUAGUUACGAGUGGAUGUGCUUGCCCUUUAGCGCCGGCGUACGCUCCCCUAAUAUCCACUUUGUUACGUCUUAUUCAUUACCCUUUUUCGUUUCUUGGUAGGCUGUAAUGGGGAAUUUGGAUGGCCACGGUUUAGCUCUAUACCAGACAACUCGGUGUAAGGUAGAGGGAUAUUGUAUGUAUCAUAUCCAUUUAGCGAUGCCCAACAUGAAUAGUAAUUUCAUUUGUUUUAUCCAAGCUGCCACCCGGUGCUUCCGUCCGAGUACCAAUGGGUCAAAAUGUCAUUGAGCUCCCUCUGCGUGAGAGAAGCACGAAGUAGUCUCUGGUGAUAAACAUCAGAUGAUGUAGAUGCCAGAACCCUAAGCCCUAUCAGGCGUCGAAUCGGGCAAGUAGUGCCCAAGUGGUCAGUCCGGGCCGCCGUAGCAGCUCCGCAACCAAUCAAUCCGCACUGCUGACUAUUCGCCCGACCACGGGCCGAAGCGGCUUCAAACU